GAGAACUCCUAAUAUAGACCCAGCUGCUUUGUAGAAAAGGCUAACAAACGUCUCAGUUUCCUGCUUUGAAAACCACUUUUUCAUGGACAUAAGACAGAGUCAUGGAGCCUCGUUCACAGGUGUCAUUCCCAGAAAAGAAGCAGGAAAUACAGAGUCAAGAGGCUGAUGCCACAGUCUACAUGAAAUUCAUGAAAAGUCACUGCUGUUAUGAUGCCAUUCCAACCAGCUGUAAACUGGUCAUAUUUGAUACCACACUACAAGUGAAAAAAGCCUUUUAUGCACUGGUGGCAAAUGGCUUGAGGGCUGCACCGCUAUGGGACAGCAAGCUGCAGAGAUUUGUGGGUAUGCUGACUAUUACAGAUUUCAUCAACAUCCUUCACUGCUAUUACAAGUCCCCCAUGGUUCAGAUGUAUGAGCUUGAGAGCCACAAGAUAGAAACAUGGAGAGGUGAUUCCCUUCAAAAUGUUUAUUUGCAGUAUUCCAAUAACUUCCUCAUUAGUAUCUCUCCAGAGGCCAGCCUCUUCGAAGCCAUCUAUUCCUUACUCAGAUACAAAAUCCACAGGCUGCCCGUAAUCGAUCCAGAGUCUGGGAAUGUCCUGCACAUUCUGACCCACAAAAGAAUCCUCAAGUUCCUCCAUAUAUUUGGGAAAAAACCUCCCAAGCCUGCAUUCACAAAGAGGCCGAUCCAGGAACUUGGGAUAGGAACUUUCAGGAACAUCGCCACUGUCCAGCAAACAGCAUCGCUUUAUGAUGCCCUCUCUAUAUUUGUGGAGAGGCGGGUGUCUGCGCUGCCAGUGGUGGAUGAACAAGGCAAAGUGGUGGCACUCUACUCAAGAUUUGAUGUCAUUAACCUAGCAGCCCAGAAGACCUACAACAAUCUGGACAUGACGAUGCAGGAGGCUGUUGAAAAGCGGAUAUGUUGCGUUGAGGGAGUUAUUAAGUGCUAUCCAUAUGAAACCUUGGAUAUCAUUAUAGACCGUAUAGUUAAAGCUGAGGUCCAUCGGCUGGUCCUGGUGGACAGGGCUGAUGUGGUGAAAGGCAUCAUCUCUCUGUCUGACCUGCUGCAGGCAAUGGUCUUAACCCCUGCAGGUAUUGAUGCCCUCUUGUCCUAGCACCAGGGGAAAAGGGUCCCCCUGCCCUCCUUUAGCACCUGUGUAGGCUUGAGUCUUGGCAGUGCACCCAGGCAGAAAUCGACAUGUGACUGAAAUGAGCACUCAUACCAGGAAGAAAUAAUCCCCAACUCUACUGCUGUUUAUAUGCUUUCUGGACCCUAAUGCCUCAAUGCAUCUGCACAGCUCCACAACACAAAGCAGCAUUUGAUCAGCUUGAUCAGUAAAUGUUGACUGAUUUUGA